AUGGGGUUUUCGAAAACACAUUUGCUUGUAGCCUUUGUUUUUCUGUUCUUCUCCAUUGUAACCAGUGCAAGAGUUUCUCGUUCUGGCCCAAGUCCUGGACUAUCUCCAGACCCUCCUGUGCAUAAAACCAUAGAAAAUUUCAUUGCUGAUAAUCUGAAACCUCCUUCAGGCCCAAGUCAUGGAAAAUCCCCUGGUGAGCCUCCGUUAAAAACUGGCACAAGAAAAUACCACAUUAAUAACAAACCUCCUUCGGGUCCAAAUCCUAGAGGAUCUCCUGGUGAACCUCCGUUAAAAACUGGCACAAGAAAAUACCACAUUAAUAACAAACCUCCUUCGGGUCCAAAUCCUAGAGGAUCUCCUGGUGAACCUCCUCAUCCUAUGGUUAGGACUUCUCCAAGUUUUCCUUUUGAAAAUGUAAAAUCUGCCCUUUCAUCUGUUCAUCGCUUUUUGUGGGAGCCAAAUAGGCUUGUUCCAAGUGGUCCAAAUGAAGAACAAUCCCCAGAUGCACCUCCUCAUAUAGGGUAA